AUGUACUCUCGAGCUAGAAAGGGAUGGCUAUACUCUCCAGAGGCGCGAUUUCUGAACAAAAACUAUGAUGAGGAUGACACUUCUAAGCCUUCCUUCCAAUGGAGGCGCAAGGACACUCUAGAGCACCAGAAGGUCGACUCGCUCACCCGCUAUCCCAUUAUGAGAUUUUGGCUAUUUCUGCAUUCAUUCAUGCUGCGCUCUGUUGCCAAGCGAGAUAAGGUAGACGCAUACGAUUAUAAACUAGUCACCUCACCCUCUCUAUACGGCCUGACGAUUUCAUACUAUGAUGCACAAUGUGACACAGAAUUACAUAGUUUCCACAAGGAGGCCAUUCAGCGCAUGGUGUAUGGCCUGUCACCGAACUUGAAGGAGAUCCAUAUAGAUCGAGGCCGCCUAGGCGGUUUCGCACUGCAGUUCCCCUUGAAACCUGCUUAUGACUGGGAAAAACACUGGGAAGGUUUUACCUUAGACAAAAAGCUCCCGGGCACAUUUCAAAAGGGCAAGUUGGAGCGUAUAAUAUUAUCGAAGAGUGAAAAGAACAUUACGAGAAAAGAUCUGGAGCAAUGGAGUGACUGUACAGAUUUUUCUGUGCUACGAGUGUUAAAGCUCUGUCCACACUUCUGUCAGAUUGAGGCAAAUACGUUAGAAUACCUUUUGAACUUUGAAUUUACAUCCAUCGAGACGUUCGAGCUCUGGAUGGGAAGAUUCAGCCGGAGCUCGUUCUUUUUCCAGCCAUGCUCAACAUCCUUUGUUACUGCUACAAGGCAAUUUCUCGAAAGGUUACCUGCUCUAUCCACUCUGAAACUUCAGGAUUGGCACCCAAACCUCGAGCUGGAUGUUUUGCAGUAUUCGAACAUACGCAAACUCUAUCUAAAGCCGGUGGUAGGCUCAUCCGUAUCCCUCAAAAAUCUCAACCAAAUUAGCACAUACUGUCCUUUACUUUCAAGCCUGGAUAUCAGCAUCCGCCGUCUCCGGGGAAAUGCGGAUGAAAUUGAAAUGUAUAGAGCUCUAGGCUCUAUGGCCAGAUUAGCCUACCUACAGCUUUCACUGGAUGUGAAGGAUCCCAAAUUUCGCUUAGGAGGUUACAACAAGGCAGUUGAUAUUCCUAGUGACCCUUCUUUUGAUAGUUUUGAUAUGGAGUUCUAUCCGCAGAUAACCCUCGGAUAUUAUAAAUGCCCUCGUAAAGGACACUUGCGCGACGGGCUUAUCAAUAGCGCACUUGAUGCCGACCUAGCUUGCUCUAUCUUUCGCACGAUAAAUUCAGCCAAGCCAGAUAUGUCGGUGCCACUUCAAAAGAUGACCGUCGGUGUCGACCUAGCUGAAUUUCCGGAUAAGCAUGGUGAUUGUGCUAGGACGCGUUAUUACAACCUCCUCCGGUAUCUCGGUGCGGAGUGGACGGUAGAACGAAAUCACUCGGACCUUGCCACGGAUAACCUUAUCGCGAAUAGGGUGAGGAAUAGGGGAGUCAAGUGGAGCCGAUGUUAUCCUUCCCCUCAUGAUACAUGUCUUGAUCCUGACCUAGGCGCUGUAUUCCGUAGCCUGUGGCCUCCAAAGGGGAAUUCCAGGGAAGUAAAGGACUGGCAUAGUUUUCCUCUAGCAACAGGUGAUAAUGAAGCAGAAAUAGAGGGAUGGCUUAACAGGAACAACUUAGGCUAA